AUGUGUGUAGAUGAUCUUUCUCUCUGCACGUAGCCUAGUGGUCAGAGCGUUGGAUUUAUAACCCAAAGGUUGCUGGAUCGAAUCCAAGAGCUGACAAGUCGAGGAGACCAAGUGCGGUUGCAUGGAAAUGGACAGCGAGAUAGAAAGUGGUAGGAAGAGACGAGUCAACAGCAAAGAUGAUCUGAUAGCUGAUGUUGGUUCAGGGAGCCUAGGUUGCUGUGGCUGGCUCAUUGUGAUCCUCUCUGGACUGUUCGUCUUCUCCCUGUUCCCCUUCACCAUCUGGUUCUGUAUAAAGAUAGUUCAGGAGUAUGAACGUGCUGUCAUCUUCAGGCUGGGCCGUAUUACAGACCGGAAGGCUAAGGGACCAGGUAUCUUUUUCGUGCUGCCAUGCACAGACUCCUUCGUGAAAGUGGACCUGAGAACCGUGUCAUUCGACAUUCCUCCACAGGAGAUCCUGACUAAGGACUCCGUGACAGUGUGUGUUGACGGGGUGGUGUACUUCCGGGUGAGUGACCCCAUCUCCUCGGUGGCCAACGUGUCCAACGCAGACUUCUCCACCCGUCUCCUGGCCCAGACCACCCUGAGAAACGUCCUGGGAACCAAGAACCUGGCAGAGCUGUUAUCAGACCGCGAGGGCAUCUCACACAGUAUGCAGGCCAGUCUGGACGAGGCUACUGACCCGUGGGGUAUCAAGGUGGAGCGUGUGGAGAUCAAGGAUGUGAAGCUGCCCCACCAGCUGCAGAGAGCCAUGGCUGCAGAGGCAGAGGCCACCCGGGAGGCCAGGGCGAAGGUGAUAGCGGCGGAGGGGGAGAUGAACGCCUCUCGGGCCCUGAAGGAGGCGUCUCUAGUGAUCGCUGAGUCUCCAUCAGGCCUCCAGCUGAGAUACCUCCAGACCCUCACCACCAUCGCUGCGGAGAAGAACUCCACCAUCAUCUUUCCUCUGCCCAUGGACGUCAUCAGUCACUUCAUGAAGAAGUGAUGUCAUCAAAACUCGCCACCCGCCACUCCUGUCUAAUGUAACCAUUCAAUCAGUUUGUUUAGUUGAUUCAGGUGAUUUGAGAGAAGAAGAAAAAAGUUUCAUUUAUUUUCUGCGCGAGGAUUGUUUCAGAUUUCAGGAUCAGAUGGGAAUGAAACACAACCCAAUAACCUUUUAGGGAAUGUCUAUCUGCGUGGCGAAGACCUUCAUUUGUCUGUCUAUCUGCGUGGUCAAGACCUUCAUUUGUCUGUCUAUCUGCGUGGUCAAGACCUUCAUUUGUCUGUCUAUCUGCGUGGUCAAGAUCUUCAUUUGUCUUGUCUAUCUGCGUGGUCAAGACCUUCAUUUGUCUGUCUAUCUGCGUGGUCAAGACCUUCAUUUGUCUGUCUAUCUGCGUGGUCAAGACCUUCAUUUGUCUGUCUAUCUGCGUGGUCAAGACCUUCAUUUGUCUGUUAUGGUGGAAAUUGAAAACCAUUUAAAUGUCUUUCUGGUGUGUUAAAAAAUAUAAAAAAAUAUGUUUGAAAUA